AUCAGUUUCGAAAAUUUCCAAUUCUCCGCGUAGCAGAAGGCAGCUAAAAAGAAAAAAGUAGCCGAUAGAAAUAAUAAUGGCUGUCGAUAAGAAAGAAGAGGAAAAGGAUCCAAUGGACAAUGUUCGUUUUAAAAUUGGCAAACGUUUCGGUUCGUAUACAAUAGAAAAAUCUUUGGACGAAGGAGGAUUUGGUCAAGUUUACCUCGUGAGAGAUAAUAGUGGCAAGCGAUUCGCAUUGAAAGCAGAAUCGAACGAUAUGGAAGGAGGAUCUGCAAUCAAGUUGGAAGCGUUGAUUCUCAGAAAAUUGAACGAUGGAGAAUCGGUGAUUCAUGUGCCGAAACUUCUUCUUUCAGGAAAACGGAAGAAGUAUUGUUACAUGGUAAUGACACUUCUCGGCAAGAACUUGAAGUGUCUGAAGAACAAACGACCCAAGGAGAGAUUCACACGUGGCACAUGGUCCCGGAUUGGAAUUCAAUGUCUGUACGGGCUUAAAUACAUGCACGACUGUGGAUUUGUCCACAGAGACAUUAAGCCGCAGAAUUUCAUGAUGGGUAAUGAGGAUGACAAGGAAAGAGCUAGAAUUGUUCACAUUUUGGACUUUGGGCUAGCAAGAUCUUUUGCCAAGUUUAGCGAGUCAUCAAAAACUUGGAGUGCUCGUCGUGCUCGUGGAACUGCAGAAUUCCGUGGAACACUUCGUUACACGUCCCCAAAUGUCCAUUUUCGUAAAGAACAAGGUCGAGUCGACGAUAUCUGGUCUCUACUCUUCGUGCUCAUCGAGCUUAAUGGAGGGCUUCCAUGGCAGAAUGUUCAGAAGAGAGAAGAGGUUGAAGCAAUGAAAAUGAUAAUGACAGAUCAAGAUGUUAUGUUGAACAUGCCUCCUUGUAUGUGUGACAUCAUUCCUCACUUUCGUACACUUGACUGUUACAUGAGACCGGAUUAUCUUUUGGUGUUCAAAGCUCUUUGGCAAGUGAUGCUUAAUGAAGGACAGACUACAAGCUCUCGCUUCGAUUGGGAAACUUCGGAUCCAGAUCCAUCAAUCUCUCCGGCGGAUUGGGAAAAUCCAGACGGUCGUUUCUUCAAACUGGACAAAAUCGGAAUCAAUGGACCACCUCCCAUGGACAAAUGUGCUGCGGAGUCAACUCAACAAGGGGAUGCUCUGAAGAGUGAUAAGGGAAGAUCGGUGAAUCAAAAGAAAUAGAGAUGAAGAAGAUAACUUGUGUUUGAUUCCAAUAAAAUGACUUGUGAUAAUUUC